AUGGUGCUCCCUAGCUGUUCUCGCUGGCGGCCGCGGCAGGGGAUCCUGCUCUGUCUGAUCUAUGUUAUUGGUGCCCUCAGCGUAGGAUUCAUCGUCGCCAUCUGGUAUGGCAUGAACUCGGACCGAGAUUACAUCCACCCCCUCCUUACGCAAUUGAUUCCCGCCGGUCACUGUGCCUGCGAGACUGCAACCACCUUCCAAUGCUCGAGCUGUUUGUCAUGCGCCAAGCAUAGCUUUAUCACGCAGCUAACCCCAUCGACACAUUGGGAGUUUGAGUACGAACGCGAUGCGAACAACGAAAGCCUCGAUCGAGAUCAAUGCGACGCUGCAUUCCCCGGCUUAUACGAAGAUGUAUUGCGCGGAGUCGCAUACUGGCGAUCACACGGCGCACUCGCUAUGGAGGAUUUAGACAAUAUCAAACUCAAAUAUGGGAUGGCACGGGCAUUGAUCCACCGGGGGGAGUUGUAUGUCGCUGCAGCCCGAUCCGUCGGCGAGGACCACCGACGAAAGAUCAUAGCUGUGCUCAGCUCGAUCCACCGCGCGCUGGUCGCCGACCCUCAUCGAGCCUCACGCGUUGAUUUCGAGUUCGUCUUCUCCGUGGAGGAUAAGGUGGAGGACGUGACCAGCGCGGAUCAUCCAGUCUGGACGCUUGCCCGCACAGCGACGGAGGAGGCCGUCUGGCUGAUGCCGGACUUUGGCUUUUGGGCUUGGGACAACCCGGACAAUGCAAUUGGACCUUAUGAUCAAGUGGUCGGUUACAUUCGGCAGGCCGAUGUUCCGUGGGAGGAGAAGAAACGGCAGCUGGUCUGGCGCGGCAAACCCAGUUUCGCACCCAAACUGCGACGUGCCUUGAUGGAAGCAGCCCGGGGGAAACCGUGGGGCGAUGUGAGACAGGUCAAUUGGCAGCAAGACACGAGCAAUGCGAUCAAGAUGGAGGAUCACUGCAAGUAUAUGUUCAUCGCACAUGUGGAAGUACUGAAUCCAAUGCGAUGUGUUGUAGGUCGAUCAUAUUCCGCCUCGCUGAAAUAUCGUCAGGCUUGCACCUCUGUCAUAGUAGCCCAUAAACUGCAGUAUAUCCAGCACCACCAUUACCUCCUUGUGGCGGACGGACCCAGUCAGAACUUUGUGGAAGUAGAACGCGACUUCAGCGAUCUUGCCGCGAAAAUAGAGCCGCUUCUGCAAGAAACGGAUGUCGCCCAACGCAUCGCCAACAACAGCGUCAAGACCUUCCGUGAACGGUACUUGACCAAAGCCGCCGAAGCGUGCUACUGGCGGCGUCUCUUUGACGGUUACCGCAGUGUAUGGAACAGCACCAUGACGCAGGGAUCAGACGCCAUUCCGAUUGAUCGAGCAUUACGGUACGAAUCAUUUGUGCUGCUGGAAAGCCCACGCAUGUUCGAAUUCACCGCAUCAAAAUCUCCUUGA